UAUAUGUAUAUAUAUAUAUAUAUGUUAAACAUCAGAACAAUAUAUGAUCUUAUAUAAUGUUUGAUGUGUCCAAUAAUGAAAUGUUUGUUACUGGUGAAUUGAGCAUAAGAUCCGUGACAGUCUCCGCCUCCCACCGUCUGUCACUGAAGAGAAUGGAUAGCAUUGUUGAUAGUUCAACCAUAAAACGUAUUACUUUAAAUGUUUUCCUACAAAAAGCUCAACGUGAUAAAUUUGAUAUACCUACAAAUGUUAUUAUUAUGUCCAUUAUAUGUUUGUAAUUAUUGAUAAUAAUUAUAUUUCUAAUUAAAAUGAGUUCACCAGUGUCAAUAAGUAAUUCUGCAUCGCUAACUGGUAAUAAUGGAAUGGAAACAGUAGUGGCAGUGGCACUUGGCGCGCUUGCUGCUGUUUUUCUUGGUGCUCUCUUAGUAUUACUUGUCAUUUGUCGUAGACAACGUUGUUAUUAUAAUCAAAAAGAUUCACCAGAUCUCAGUUCAGACUUAUUAGAAGGAGAAAAUAAUCCUGGAUUAGGUUUGGGUACAUGGGAAAGUGAAGAAUGGCUUGCCGGUGCUGAAAGAUGGGUAGACGAUGCUACUGGUUUAGCACCACCUUGUAUCGCUGUACUUCGUUCUUGUCAUGCUUUGGCAGCAAGUCUUACUGCUAUUGCAGGAACAGUAAAUAGCAAUACAGUACCAUUGGAAAUAGUAGAUGUUGCUAGAAGAAUUCCACCUCGUGUCGAUGAUGUAGUACGAAGUUUAUAUCCACCUUUGGAUGCUAGAUUAUUGGAAGCAAGAGUGGCUGCAUUGGUAUUAGCUGUUACUCAUUUAGCGUUAGUAACUAAACACGGUGUUCCAAAAAGUCAGGCUAGAAAAUUAACAUUCAUUGAUCAGGCAUUAAAUGACAUGGAUUCACAUUUGUUAAUAUUAAGAAAUGCCGCGUUAGCGCAAGAAGCUGUAUGUUCUAUUCCAGCUUCUACAUCGGUCUAAAUUAAUUUCAUUGAAUGGAGAACAGAAAAUUAACAGUAUUUAUAUAAAGGCUCUCUCUGUCUCUCUCUCUCUCUCUCUCUCUCUCUCUC